GUCUACUUAGAACCUCACAACACACCUGAGGAGCGUGAAUUUGACCAUAUUACUGCUUACAUAUCAUCCACAUCUACCAUAUCCAGCAGAUCUCUUCAUGUUUGCCUGCCAGCUCGCAUUUUUUUGAUGUGUUCCCACCAAAAGCAGAACUUCCAGCUGAGGAUUCCUUUCUGGGACCAAGUAUCCUUGAAAUCAAGGCUUCCUGAUCUUCUGGCCUAACUCAUCACUGCAUGGCUAGGGUGUUGGUGGUCCAGAGAAAUGCUGUAAUGGAAGCAGCAGUCAGCACUCUGAUGCUCUGAUUUCCUCUCUCUAUCAACUCUACAGACCGAGCUAUUUAAGAAGCAGACUUUAGAAAGACACUGCAAGAGCCAUGAGGAUUCCAGCCACCUUGCUGCACCUGCUCCUUGUGCAUCUCAGCGCCUCUCAUACAAAACACUGGACGUACAAAGCAGGAGAGCUGGAUGAAAUGCACUGGGGAAAGCACUUUGCAGCCUGCGCUGGCAAGCACCAGUCCCCCAUUGACAUUCAGAAGAGGAAAGUGAGGUACAACCCGCAGCUGAUGCAGCUCGAGCUGAGUGGUUAUGAUGGACCCUUGCAGGGAAACUUCACCAUGACCAACAACGGGCACUCAGUCCAGAUUGAUUUGCCACCCACCAUGCGCAUCACCAAAGGGCUCCCAAGCCUCUUCACCGCUGUCCAGAUGCACCUGCACUGGGGCGGGCUGGACCUGGAGACCAGCGGCUCUGAACACACAGUGGAUGGAAUGAGAUACUUUGCGGAGCUGCACAUUGUCCAUUACAACUCCGGCAACUACUCCAGUUUUGAAGAGGCAAAAGACAAGUGGAACGGGCUGGCCGUGCUUGCUUUCCUCUAUGUGGAUGGGAAUUUUGAGAACACCUACUACAGUGAAUUCAUUUCCAACCUGGCCAAAAUCAGGUUUGCUGGGCAAUCAGCCAAGCUCAGUUCGCUGGAUGUCCAAGCCAUGCUGCCCGAAAACCUCUCACAUUUCUACAGGUAUCAGGGUUCACUAACCACACCACCUUGCUUGGAGAACGUGAUCUGGACAGUUUUUGAUUCUCCCAUCAUCCUAUCACACACGCAGAUCAAGCUGCUGGAGAACACCUUGCUGGACUGGCAGAAUAACACCCUGCGGAAUGACUAUCGCCACGCUCAGCCGCUCAAUGACAGAGUCGUGGAAUCAUCUUUCAAGGCCAAAGGCACCAAAGAACUCUGUCUGCCAGAAGAACUCAGCUCAAAACUGGAGCAAAUACAGACUCAGCUCCAGGAGAUGAAGAAGCAUCUACUGGCUGGAGUGGGCCUGACCGGCCUUAAAUCUAGUGCUUUCCCAGCUUUCUACUUCCCCGCUGAAAACAUUGCGAGCUACGUGGGUGUGCAGCCGCUCCAUGACAUGAAGCUCCAGGCCUUCACCUUGUGCUUUUGGAUCCAAACCCAGAACCGAGGCAGUCAGACCAUUCUUGCCUAUCGCACCCAGGAAAGAGACAAUGAGCUGGUGGUGACUGUGGGCUCGGCCGUGGGGCUGUGGCUAGGGGGCCACUUUGUUGAGUUCCCCCUGCACCACAAGUCUGAGGAGUGGCUCCACUACUGCGUAGCAUGGGCUUCCCACUCUGGGGCAGCAAAUCUGUGGCUCAACGGAGCAGUGGGGAGAGAGAAGCACCUCCAGAGAGGAUACGUGAGCCAGGCCGGAGGGACGCUUGUCCUUGGGAAGGACAGAGAUGAGCUCCUGGGGAUCUUCUCCAACGGAUUCUCCGGGUGGAUGAGCCACGUCAGCCUGUGGAGCUGGGUCAUCAGCCACGCCGACAUCCGAGUGCUAGCCUUGUGCAGGUGCAGUGAGCUGAAGGGGGACGUGAUCGCCUGGGGAGAAACCCCCAUGAGUCUCUCGGGGGGAGUGGUGCUGGAGUCAGACCCCAGUUGCCAAUGACAGCAGGCUGAAUUGGUCCCCUCUUUCUGAGCAAAUGGGGAAGCACGUUUGUACAGUGUGUGAUUUUUCUAAAGCACCUUGA